AUGAAAAAGAGGAGGAGGUGACAAAUCAGUGCAAGAGUCGCCAGACGUUUGCGACAGAAUGGGACGCAGUGCGGAGCUCAGUGACUUCCAGCGGGGGACUGUCGUUGGAUGUCACCUCUGCAAGAAGUCGAUCCGUGAGAUUUCCGCUCUGUUAAACCUGCCGCGGUCCACCGUCAGCGCUGUCAUUUUGAAGUGGAAACGCGGAGGGAUAACGACGGCUCUGCCGCGGAGCGGCCGACCGCACAAGCUCAAAGAGGAGGACCGUCAACUGCUGGAGAAAGUCGCGCUGGAAAACUGUUCGCCCUCGGUGGAAGCUCUUACUGCGGAGUUCCAGACCGCCUCCGGGGCCAACGUGAGCCCCAGGACUGUCCGCCGGGAGCUGCAUGAGAUGGGCUUCCGCGGCCGAGUAUCCACCUACAACAAGCCUAAAGGAGGGGAGAAAGCAGAGAAAAAGCAGGCAGCUCCAAGCCAUGAUAAAGCCAAGGUGGACGUGUCUCGUCUGGACCUGCGUGUUGGACGUAUAAUCCGAACUCUGCAGUCCCCAGAGACUAACGGUCUGUAUGUGGAGCAGGUUGAUGUUGGAGAGGCUUCUCCCAGGAUGGUGGUCAGCAAGCCAAAUAAACACAUACCUACGGACCGGUUAGAGAACCACAUGGCAGUCCUGUUGUGUAAUCUGAAGACAGUCAAGACGAGAGAAGUGAUGUCCCAGGCUAUGGUUAUGUGUGCUAGCUCACCAGACAAGGUUGAAAUCCUUGAACCACCAAGUGGAGCAGCACCAGGGGACAGAGUUACUUUCCAGGGCUUCCCAGGUGAACCAGACAAAGAGCUGGAUCCCAAAAAGAAGGUGUGGGAGCAGAUUCAGCCAGACCUACGCACAGACAGCCAGUGUGUUGCAACCUACAAGGGAGCUGCCUUUGAAGUUGCCGGCAAGGGAGUGUGCAAAGCCCAAACCAUGAGCAACUGUGAAAUCAAAUAAACUAACGGGACUGCUCGAAAUAGCUCCGUGCAAAUCCCUGCAGCCAGAAUUUUGAGACGAGCCUUACAUGAAGAUUGGAGGCUGUUGUAGCAGCAUAUGAACGCCCUUGCUUUUGGAGUGACAUGUCCAACAAUGUCAACAUGGGUGUUAUGUUUGCGGGUUCACAUACUUUUGCCCUGUAUGCGUCAAGAGUGUGUUGCACUCUGUUGGAUGAACAUGGACGUUACUGUUGGGAUUUUAUUAUGAAAAUCUGAAGUUCUGUAUUUGGCCAAAGGGAGCACUUUAGUGCCUGUGAUGAUGUACGGUUUGGUGAAAUAGAAGAACAUCCAGCACGCAGUCAUAACCAACAAGAUGAAAAGAAAAUGGAAGCUUUACAAAUACUCCCUUUUGGUUGGGAAAUCUUUUGUAAAAUUUCAAACGUUUUCCCAUGAACCCACAGUUGUCAUUUCCAGUGAACAGUGGAUGAAACAGUAACUGUACAGUGCAGAAAUCCCUAUGACAAAGGGGGCACUGAACAGUUUUACUUUCUUAUGACCUUGAAAAUGAGUUGGAAAUGAGUAAGGGAAUGUUCUUGUAACUGCAUAAGGUCAGUUCUUUGAGCUCCUUAAGUUUAAGUUUGAUGCUGACAAAUUAAAUGAGUGUGUUAUGCAUCAGCAUGUGGGAAGUUUUAUUUGAAUGAUGUAUCUUACAUAUUGCAAUAUUUAGUCUGAGAUCUAGGUCAUUGUGUUUAUCUGUAGUUGAAUCAUAUGAAACUAAAAAUUAACUUCUGGAUCAUUUAAUGUAAAUGCAGACGUUUUGUUACAUACAAUUUCUUCAACAAAGAUGUUUUUAUCCAGAUUGUUACUCUGCUCUUUAGAUAUUGUAACCGCUCAGUUAAACCUUAGAUUGUAUAUGUCCUGCUUCAUAUGACAUGUUUGUGUAAGCCUAUUUAUCAUUUCGAGGGCAAAAAAUAAACCAACAUGUCUUGUUUCUAAAA